AGAAGAUCCCAGAGCAGACGGAUCCGCUGUCUGAUGGCUUGAAAACGGGGAAUCACUGUGGACCGCAGCGGAUUUAUAGCAUCGUACGAGCCCGGAGGAGCGACACGGAGGCGGCACGAGUGGACCGGGUGCCGACACGGGUCGGGAUACAUUACCUUUAAGUGAGGCUGUUAUCGUUUUUUUGUUUUUGGAAGCCUUACACAGACAAGACAGAGAGAAAAGUAGUACCACAGCCUCCGCGACAGCAGCGGGCGAACUUGUCAUCUCUGUCCUGUGGGAGGUGUCUGUCUGUCGGCUUGGGGCUCUCUGCACGCACCGCUCGUCUCGUCACUGAUUGGACCUUUUUAAUUUGAGGGAUAUUUGUUGUGUUUUGUACAAAUCGCUCUUAUUUUGUGUUUUCCCUCAACCAACUGUGGCUUUAAUGUGACGCACCACACUGACACUUGUGCUGUGUGUAGAGCAGACCCUCUGCAGAGGAGUAAAAGGCUCCCUAAUCAAGUUUUCCCCCCCUUCAUAUUUCUGCGGCAACAGCACAGACCACACCGAUGUCAUAGGGACAAGGACAGAAGCAGACCAAGCUGGGCCAGGCUAGGCCAGGCCUAGGCCUACCUAGCCAUCAAUCUGGCCUUACAAUAGAGGCCAGCAACCUCUCUUGGAAGUCUUUUGUUCAGGCAGCUGAGGAGGCUUCAGCCUGGUCUUACAGAGAAAUCACCAGACCUAAAAAUCAAACUUUGGAGUCCAGGCAUCUUCUGUCAUCUUUUAAGAGGCCAUACUGGUCUAAUAGAUCUCCAGUCAUUCCAUGUUGCGGUCAUCCCAGUCUGGUUGUUGGCAGCAGGAUGGAGUUACGUGUUGAUUUGACGGUUAUCGUCUCACUGCAGUGCUUGCACCCCUCCUCUGUUGACUGCCUUUCAUCCCUUCCCUCCCCAGUUUUUAAGAGAAAGCCCCUUCCACUCACCUGGGGCUUCCCUGAGCCCUCCACGAAAGGGCCUUGUAGAAACUGUGGGUUGUUAAUUUAAAACAUUGCAAAGAGGAAAACAAAAAAAUACAAAAGACAUCAAGGAUUGCUGCAUUCAGUCGAUUUUGUUUUUUGUUCUAUUGCACAUUAACUUUCCUUUUCUUGCGGUUUGAUCAAAGGUUAAUGAACUAGGAGGUUGAGAUCUGUGCUCAGAGUUUACAGGAAUAAGUUACAUAAAAGUCUUUACAUACAGAUUUGCUCUUUUACAGUUUGAGCUUUUUCUUUGAAAGAAUGUCUGAAGAAAAUAGCAGCAGCAAAGCAGUGAAAUUCAUUGCUCCUCUUGCCCCCGUUUCUUCUCCGUCCCCCUGCCCAUCACCCCAGACCCCCCACAAGAAUGUGAACGGCUCUGCCAGUUCAGACACGCAUGUCGUGGAAAAGCUUGGUGGAGAGCCGGAGGUCCAACGUCGGCGCCACACAAUGGAUAGAGACUCUAAAACGGCCGAGCACCGGUUCUUCCGCCGGAGUGUCAUUUGUGACUCGAAUGCCACAGCUUUGGACCUGCCCAGCAAAGCAGCUGUGUUACUCACAUCACCCCCAGACUGUGAAGGGACUCCCACCAUCUUCUCUCCACAGCUUUUAAACCUUGGAUCUGGUGGGCAGGAUUAUGAAGGUGAGGAGUCCCAAAGAGGUUCCUAUCUGCAGAGCAGUACCCUUCAGCCUUCAUUUGGGCAUGGUGGGGCAGUCGAAGAGGGGGGUCUACAAAAUGCCGAGGGAGAUUUGGAUGUGUGCACGAUUGCUGUUCCUACCAGUAGCAGUGUUGAACAUAGUGCAGAUGGGGCAGUAACAGAGCCCAGCUCGACAGUAUUGGAUGUUACCAAUAAAACAGUAGCCAAACAGCCUGACAUCGUAUUGCGUCCCAGAGGGCUUCAGGAACAGGUGGCCAAAGACGGAAAAGCAGUAGAAAAUGUGUAUGAGGGAAGCAUCAGUAGUCCAACCGAGGAGAAAGACAGGGAGACGGAGGAGGAGAAGGGGCUCGCGAAAGCACGGGCAGAGCAGAGGGAACGGGAGCAAGAGGACAUAGAGGAGGCUGAAACAAAAGCUGUAGGGACUUCACCAGAUGGACGCUUCCUGAAGUUUGACAUUGAGAUCGGGAGAGGGUCUUUUAAGACUGUCUACAAGGGUUUGGACACUGAGACAACAGUGGAAGUGGCAUGGUGUGAGCUACAGGAUCGUAAACUGUCCAAGUCCGAGCGUCAGCGGUUCAAAGAGGAGGCCGGCAUGCUAAAGGGUCUCCAGCAUCCUAACAUUGUCCGCUUCUAUGACUCCUGGGAGGGUCCCUGCAAAGGAAAGAAAUGCAUUGUUCUCGUCACUGAGCUCAUGACAUCUGGCACGCUAAAAACCUACCUGAAGCGAUUCAAGGUGAUGAAAAUCAAAGUUCUGCGUUCAUGGUGCAGACAGAUCCUGAAAGGCCUUCACUUCCUGCACACCAGAGCGCCACCCAUCAUUCACAGAGACCUGAAAUGCGACAACAUCUUUAUCACAGGGCCCACAGGCUCGGUGAAGAUAGGGGACCUGGGGUUGGCCACGCUGAAGAGAGCCUCUUUUGCCAAGAGCGUCAUAGGUACCCCAGAGUUUAUGGCUCCAGAGAUGUAUGAGGAGAAGUAUGAUGAAUCUGUAGACGUCUAUGCUUUUGGGAUGUGUAUGCUGGAGAUGGCUACCUCAGAGUACCCCUACUCCGAAUGCCAAAACGCUGCCCAGAUCUACAGACGAGUUACUAGUGGAGUGAAGCCUGCCAGCUUUGACAAGGUAGCCAUUCCCGAGGUGAAAGAAAUUAUCGACUGCUGCAUCAGAACUAACAAGGAUGAGAGGUAUGCCAUAAAGAUCCUGUUGAACCAUGCCUUCUUCCAGGAGGAAACAGGGGUCAGGGUUGAACUGGCAGAAGAGGACGAUGGAGAAAUGAUUGCUAUUAAACUGUGGCUCAGGAUAGAAGACGUGAAGAAGCUCAAAGGAAAAUACAAAGACAACGAAGCCAUCGAGUUCUCCUUUGACCUGAACAAGGACGUCCCCGAAGAUGUGGCCCAGGAAAUGGUUGAGUCUGGCUAUGUUGCUGAGGCUGACCAUAAGACCAUGGCCAAGGCCAUCAAGGACCGCGUGUCUCUGAUCCGGAGGAAGCGAGAGCAGAGGCAGCUGGUACGAGAGGAACAGGAGAAGAGGAAGCUGGAAGCAGAACAACAGCAGCAGCAACAACAGCAACAGCAACAACACGAUACACACAAAGCUUCACACACACAGGCAGAGACCGAGGAGGCCGAAGUUGAGCAGCACCAGCUUCUCUAUCAGCAGGCGAGCAUCUCACACACAUCUGAAGGAGGCGUGGACAGUGGCCAGGGUUCCUCUGUUUUCUCCUCAGACUCCCCCCACCUGGGUCAGCUGGGCAUGUCGUACAGCUGCCCCCCUUCUAGCCAGCCUCCUUCUCAGCCCCAGACCCCCUAUCCCCCCACCCCCUCUGCUACCCCACAGCAGCACCCGGGCUACGCCCAGCCGCCGCAGCCAAUGCCUGUGUCGCACCACCGUCGAUGUCGUAGCAUGUCUGUUUGUGUUCCCCCUUCCUCCUACUCCUUUUCUCACGUUCCUCUGCCCCAGGUUGUUCCUCCAAAACAGCCCGCCACACCUCCAGACCUGUCCUCCUCGUCCCCUUACACCACUGCCUCAUCAUGCACACCUCUCACAUCAGAGAGGGACACAUUCACUAGGUGCCUCUCCAAGGCCCUGGAGACAGUCCUGCCCCUUCACUCUGCCUCUUCUCAGCCCAGGGCCAGGCAGCGGCGGGCCAGCCUACCUGCCCUGUUCUCAACCCCUCAGCAUUCAAUGCCACACCCCUUCAGCGGAGGACCAAGCACAGGAGGAGGAGCAGGAGGGAACGUCCCUCUUCCAGCUCUCCCAGACCCCCCGACUAUUUUCUUCCCCUCUAUCCCUGAGCGUCCCAUUUCCUUCUCACCUCCUCCUACUGGGCCUCCAAAGGCCUACAACACUCAGAGACGCAAGAGCACUUCCAUUCUCGAGGCGCAUACCCGACACUUUCAGCCUGCUUACCCUCGUUACGGGAGCAGCCUCCACCCUUUUUCUGGCAUGGAGGGCGUUGAGGCUCCUUCUCUCUUCAUGGUUAAUCCUGGUUUUGCAGCGGCUGCUCAAAGACUUGGUGUUGGGGAACCCCUCCAUCUCCCAGGACAAUCUGAUCCAAGUUUGUAUGGGUUCAAAGACAUGAGAGCAGAGCACGAGGAAGCAGUGAGGAGACUCAGUCUAAAUCAAGCAGCCUUAUUGGACCAUUAUGAAGCAAUGGCAUAUGGAGGCUACCCAAUGACUGCACACCAGCUUUUCCAUCAGCAAAGGCAGGCAGCAGCUGCAGCUGCUGGUUUGGGUUUUGAUCCUGGUCCUCCAUCUCAAGCAGGGUUCUUACAUCCUCAUAUCCUGCAAAGAAUGAGUGCACACAGUCCAAUACCGCCACCCUUACCCCCCAUGAGUGCAUCCACGGGUGGCUCUAUGUCUUCUUCAUCAUCCGAGGGAUGCUAUGCUCCACAGCAUGCUUCCUCAUCCUCCUUUCCUAUUUCUGCACCUCCAGUAAUUGCCGACGCCCCGCCACCUACCGGAAGUGUUUUUGAGUUUCAUUUAGCUGCAGCUGCUGCAGCUGCAGCCGCUGCUGGAGAUCCAAGCCUCCUGGCAUCCAGACUUUACCGGGCCAGACGGAGUUCUAUGGAUCUCCCUCUAGAGGACAGCCCUGGGACGGGAUCCAGUGGCUCCGGCACAUAUAGUCGUCUGCAGCCAGUGACAGAAGAGCUGUACUCUUACGUGAGUCCAGAGCUCCCUUUACCUCCAGGAAGUCUCCUCCUUCACCACGCAGGUUUGGCUGUAAAAGACAGAAGCCCCGAGCCUUCUAGCGACUCUCUGACCUCCUCUGAUGCAGGAGAGUUCCAGUCACCACCUCCGCCACCUCUUCCUCCUUCCUUCGAGUCCUCAGCUGCUCAGUCCAUCCCUCGCUCGUCCUCCACUGCGCCUUACGAUUCACCAGGGGGAGUUCUUCACGCAGAUCCCCAGGGGCAUCCGCCUUCAGUGCAGAACUUUCUGCCCACCACACCAUCGUCUGAGCUCCCGCUUGGGGGGUCAUCAUCAAAUCAGCUGGAGUCUCUGAUGCAGAGCGCCUGGGCCCGACACGGGGGAAUGGUGCCAGCUCAACCUGAUAUGACAUACCACGAGUCACUGCUGGCCAUGCAGGCCGCUAACCCCCCUCUGCAGACUCAGGUGUCCGCCCCUCAGCCAACUUCAGGACCACCUUUGGUCCCUGCCAGCACACAGCCACCACUUUCUGGGACCGCCCAACAGGUUGCCUCAUCUAGCCAGAGUAGCACAUCACUUCAAAGCCCCGCACACACACCUCUGCCACAGUCACCUGCACAGUUUUGUGACUUAAGUCCAUCUCCCAGUUUAGAGCACCUUUAUCUUCUGUACCAAGUUGCUCAGCUAGCUCUGUGUCAGCCUGGUGUAUCUCCACCUACCUCUACCGUUCCUUUGGUGACCCUUCCUUCUCCGUUGCUGUCUAUUGCCGUCACAAUGCCGAGCGCGGCCGUGGCUCCCCCUCCCUCUCCUCUGCCAGUCCCUGUUGGGGUGGUGCCUACUAUUGUUUCCCCUCCUCCUCCUACUCCCGUGCCCACAUCUGUGCCUCAGGCUUUGGCCACGGUGGUGCCAAUCAUCAGUGUAGUCAGCGCCCCGCCUGAUACCCCCAUGGAAGCCCCCCCUCAGCCUGCCUCACAAUCUUCAGAGUUACCUCAGUCCCAGCUACAGCCGCCUCAAGUUCUCUCAUUCAUAGAGAGUGGCCAUUCUGAGACUUCAGGUUUGAGUGACGGCAACGAGGGAGGAGGAGGAGGUCGUCAUGAAGGGCGCUCGGCCAAGCGACACCAGAGACGUUCCGUGCGAAGUCGAUCGCACCAUGAGAAGACGACCAAGGCGAAACUCAAUGUUCUCAAUAUCUCCAACCUUGGAGACAGGGUAGCAGAGUGUCAGCUGGAGACCCACAACAGGAAGAUGGUGACCUUUAGGUUUGACUUGGAUGGAGACAACCCUGAGGAAAUUGCCCAGAUCAUGGUCGAGAGUGAGUUUAUCCUGGAGAGCGAGAGAGAAUCAUUUAUUGAACAGGUCAGAGAGGUGAUAGAGAACGCUGAUGAGAAGGGUCUGGAAAGAGAUGCCAACAGCCAGACAAAGAAAACAAUGGCAGGUGACACAGAACAGCAGAAUCCUGCAAUAUCUGCCCCCAUGCAAGGCAUCCCACCCAGUCCAUCUGCACAAGUGGUACACUCAGCAGGUCGGAGGUUUAUCGUCAGCCUUGUACCCGAAGCUAGGCUGAAGGAACAAAUGCUUCCCACCUCUCCUUCUCUUGCGCCUCAUGUUGAGACGGUUUCUCCACCUCCAUCACAGACUCCAGGUCAAGGUUUGGGCUUGUCCCAUUCUGCAGGAGCAGUCAGCUUACAGCAAGCAUUCUCUGAACUCCGACAGAACCAAAAUCAGCUUGAUUCAGGGCCCAACACUGCCCCACCCUCCAUCCACUCCACCCAUCCUCCACUUCUGGAGCCUGCAGCAGCUUCUGUCCCUUCACAGAGUAGCACACUCACUCCCACUGUGGAUGCCACUGCUGGGCAUGUCCCUUCUAAUUUAAACACAACACAGGAUGCCUCUCUUCCUCCUCUUUCUGUAUCCUCAACCCCUUCCGCCAUCCAUCUCAGUCCUCCCUGUUCCUCUUCUCCUCCCCCUACAACAGUGAAUCAAAGCAUCCUUCAAUCACAGGUACUUCCACAGCCAGUAACUCAGGCUGUCUCACAACCCCAGACACAGGUACAAGCACAGCCUCAGCCCCAGGCUUUCAGCCACCCUCAGUCCCAGACAGUUUCUUCUGUCAGUGCUGCUUCAGUACCUUCCACUUUACCAACAGUGGUUCCCCCACAAAUGCUCACCUCCCCUCCUCUAGCCCACACCAUUCCUUUUGUGUCCUCCCCGCCCCCUUCAUCUCUUAUAGCCAGUGAAGUCUCCUCUGAUCAUUCAUCAGUCUUGCCAACUCCUUCCCUGACCUCCUCAGUCAUCCCCACCACUGCUAUCCUAGGUCCCCAGCUCGCGCCCUCUGUCGUCUCCCUCCCUGCUCCUACUCCCUCAUCUUCCGCUGGAGGACUUCUGCCGGUGACCACAAAUGUCCCCACAGUCCAACCAACUUUGGUGCACUCUCAGCCUCAGACAGCAGCCCUGCCUGGGCAGACGCACGCCCAUAGUGACUGCGAGCCCAGAUGUGAGCACUCCUCUGAGUCGCAGUGCAAACCAGACGACAUCCAAGCUCUGGAAAUGAAGCUGCGCUCUCUCUUCAUGGACCUCGGAGGCGGGGUGCCUUCCACCCAGGGAGACAUCGUAGCUGCUGAUCUGGCUGCUGUGGUAGGUACCUCGUCACCAGUAGGCCCUUGCUCCACCUCCACCACGUCUGUCGCAGCAUCUGGCUCCAGCCAGUCAGCCAUUCCUCCUCAACCCCCUUCCAGCCUGGCGCUGGGAUCACUGGGAUCCCCUGCUCCAAUCCAGGGCCCUGGGACGCCUGUCUUCACCCCUGCACAGUCUAUCAUCCCUGUCUCAUUAGGCCAGACCACUCCAUCCAAAACGCCCUUAUCCAGAGUACCGGCCAGUUCUCCUCCUUCAGAACUCCCGCCACCCUUCCCUGGACCUUGUGUAAUACAGUCUCAGCAGCCUCUGGAGGACUUGGAUGCCCAGUUAAGGAGAGCGCUGAGUCCAGAGACUGUUCCUGUGGGCUGUCAGGCCUCCCACAUUAGCGUGGCUUCAGUUGGACAACCAGUUCCCUUUCCAGUGGAGGAAGAAACUUUGUCCUCUCCUGUUCAUCCCCCUCAAACUCAAUUAGGACGAUUUAAGGUCUCACGGGCUAUCGAAGAGCCCGCUGUCCAGCGACCGGCCUGCACCGAGUCUUCCUCCACCACCUCCUCCACUUCAUCUUCCUCUUCAUCCUCUACUCUCUCGAGCCCAGAGAACACAUUGCACAAAAACUCCUCAUCGCCUCUGAAAGCGGAAGGAGCAGGAAAAACAGGAGACGUGGUGGACGGGCCCCCUCACAGGACUCCCGUUGGAUCCCACCACCCCUCCCCUCUAACAUCACCUUGCCCCUCCCCCAAACCCCCCACCACCACCAUAGGACGCUUUCAGGUUACUACUAAACCCGAGGCCCGUGUUGGUAGAUUCUCAGUCAGUCGUGCUGAGGAGCAGAGUCCUCCACCUGCUGCCAAAGCUGCUAAUGGACCCAGCGAUCCUGGCCAAGUUUUGACCCCAGAUUCUACUCAUAAAGCCUCUCUGCCGAGUCUAAACAACUCCUUCAAUAACUCCUACAUCAGCAGUGACAAUGACUCGGAAUUUGAGGAUGAGGACUUCAAACGGGAAGUCACUCGCCUCAGAGAGAAGCACAUGCGUGAGAUUCAGGAACUUCAAUCCCGCCAGAAGGAGGAAAUAGACCGUCUGUUCACCAGGCUGGGAAAGGUUCCUCCACCUUCAGUGAUCCCUCCUGUUUUGGCCUUGACUGGCAGGAGGAGACGGCCCGCCAAAAGCAAGUCAUCGAAAUCGUCCAGAACCAGCUCCACGCACGGCAGCAAGAGUCCAUUACAGCCAGGCAGCACUUUAUCCGCCCAGAGCGUCCCGACUAUGUACCCCGGCCAGCUGGCUCUGCUAGCCCCAGGAGGAUUAGCCGAUUCGAACAGCAGCACUCUGCUCCAACCCCUCAAACCCUCUCCCUCCAGUGACAACCUGUGUUCAGCCUACACCAGCGAGGCGGCGCUCUCUGUGCCCAGCCUGUGUGCUCCCACCCCAGGCUGUGUAAAGUUCAGCUGGGGUUCGGAGCGUUUGGCCUUCAAGCCUGGCGGCAGGAGGACGCGCUUUCUGAGUACGCCCUGCUUGGCUCUUUGGAAGAUGGUGAAAAAAGUCUGCCCCUGCAACCAGCUCUGUAGGACUAAUAGCACCAAUGCAGUGAGCGGUUCAGGUGGUUUGGGUCAAAGCCAGGGGGGUUCUCAGUGUCUGGCCCCCAACAUGCCAGCCCCACACCAGAGGAAAGGAACCUUCACCGAUGACCUUCAUAAACUGGUGGACAACUGGGCCAGAGAUGCCAUGAACCUCUCACAGGGUAAGAGGAGUGCCAAACAGCUGCAGCAGGCUCCGGUGCAGGGACACAGCUAUGAGGUUAUCCAGUCAGCCAGUCUGGGCAGGAAGUACUCUGCUCCCAGCCAGCUGUGUCCCAGCAGCAUAGGUGGUUCAGCCCACAUCCCAACAAACUCCAGCACCGCUACCUCUCUGGCUGCCCGAAAGGGCUCUUUAUGCCACCCUCCUGCCUCCUCCACUCCACCCCAACCCCAGCUUCCCCAGUUCAUCCACUACACCCCAACUGCUGCCUAUAGUGCACAAUGGUCUGGUCCGGCUCACAGCCUGUCCACCCCACACCAAGCACCAACACAGCCUCUGCUGGUCAGUACCUCCCAACCCCUGGGCCCCUACCCCACGCCACAGGGCCAGAUUCCAGGCCAGGGGCCACUCCAAGCUUUCCAUCUGACCAAUACCCUGCAGAAAUCAGUCAGUAACCCGGGAGGACCCAACUUGAGGACCACGUAGGGCUCAGAGUGAGGGCCGGUUUAAAUCAUGGCCUGAGAGGACUGCAGUGAAGUGGAGUGUUCAUCGCUGGAUUGACUACAAAGUGUGAUUUAUUUUUAAUUUUUGUUGGGAGAGGGGGGGUUCAGACGGGGGUAGGAAUUAAAAUGUGCAUGAGAAGCCAUCAGAGAAAAGAAGUGCAGCCUUUCUGCUGUGGGCUUGUAGCAAAAGAAAAAGACUCAGAGUACAAUGAUAAAGGCCAAAGAGGUUCUGACAGGGUGUGUGGGCUUGCUGUCAAUAACUGUCUGCAUGUUUGCUCUAAUGGCUGGUUUACACUUGUUGGAUUUCACGCUCUGACAUGAGUUAACAUAUCUUUACAUAAUAUGGGUUAGCGAGUCGCGCUUACUAGACAGAAGACAUUACAUCAGGCUCAGGAGGAGGAAGAAUGUGGUAGCCAGCUUUUACAAAAUCCAACUUGAGCCUUUCUGUCCAUGCAGUACCUUCUCAUCAAUUCCUGCUGGUACUGAUUUUAAGACCUCUGCUGUCCAUGUUUAUCAGUCUCUGCUAGAAAUCCCAACAAAAAAACUUGCAAAUAUGCAUUUCUUCCAUUGGGGGUGAGCAUUGCUAGUCCUCACAUUAACAGAUAUUGUUGCUUAGUGUUACGAAUCAAAAUCAUCAGUGUUUUUGACAGCAGUUAGCAUUCUUACAGCAUUACAGGAGGAGAUGCAAAUGGCAGCAGAUAGAAGGGUGAGCUGAGAGCAGAAGACGAGUCCACAUAACUCUAAUCGAAUGUUUCAGGAAGUCGUUUGGAAGCUGGAGAGCCUUCCUAACCUUUAAAAGCACAAAGCGAAUCAAGAUUAAAUCAAAUACAUAUCGAGACUAGAUGUAGCCCAGCAUCUCCACCGUCUUCUUCUCCCCCCCUCCCCACCGCUCAGUUUGACAAAGUAUUCAAGCAGGUAGAGAGAGAUGGAAGUGGGAAAGCCCUCCAUCAGCUUCCUGUUUCAGCUCACUUUAUGUCGAUGGGUGUCCCAAACGGGCAGAACAGAUGCUUCACGACUUCUUUCGUCCCUCUCUCUUCACCUCCCUGUUGCCAUUUGAAGCAAUAACAGCAGAAACCUUUUAGAAGAGGACAAAAAAAGCCCAAACACAAGAGAACUCAGUGUGUAAAAGUGACCUUGUUAUCAAGAUAAUAUCCGUGUAUAGUUUGUGUCUGUUUUUUCGAAUGUCUGCUAUGAUGAUUCCUUUUUUUUUGUGUGUGUCGUUGGGUUGGUUUCCAUGUUGCCCCCCUGACCCACCCACCUACCGCCACCCCAGCUAGCAAUCUGACGCAUACACAUUCACACACCCACGCAACUCUUGUGACAUUCAUAUAAAUACACAAAGCCGCAUACAGUCAUUCACAGACUCAUGUAAAUACACUCACGCAUAGUUGGAGGUGUAGCAGCUGUCAGACUCAUGGGCCGUGCCUCAGUUCUUAGUGUCAUAAUUAGGUCGGUUUCAAUAUCUGGGUUGAAAUGCAAUGUACAUUAUUGUCAUAAUUAUUGUUGUUAAUGUUUGUUCUAUUUAAAAAGAAACAAAAAACAAAACCGUGUUCUGUCAAUGGACCUGUUAUAUGUGCACAUCGCUGUAUGAUGUGGAGACACUGUGAUUAUUGUUGUUUGUUAUUAGCAAAUGUUGUUGGACAACAUUAGUUUUAGGGUGAAUUUAAAAACAAAAAAAAGCAUAUGUAGAAUAGUUUUUUGGGGUCCUUUCGCUUUCAAUUCACAGCUUUCCACAAACGAAUUUUUGGAGAUCGGUAACCCCUCUCUCUCUUUCUCUUUUUUUCCAAUAAGCGUCCUUCUGUCAGUUUACUGAGGACACACUUCCAAACCAAUGCCUUACCAACAACUAAUCAACCGCUAUUUCAGGUCAUCUCUAUAAACUGGGUGAAUUGAAAGCCGAAACUGACCUGAGUAUAAAGACAAACCAGAGUGAACGCCAGGAUAGUCGAUAUUUAGAUAAUAAAGUAAAGCUAGCUAUUUUUUUCUUAAUACAGUACUUAUCUAUCAGACACUUUAAAUAGCCCUCCUCUUCCCUUUCUCCCCUGGUUUUGUUAGAUGAAUGUGAAUGUAUAAAAACCAAUGGUGUCCAUUUUUAAUGUACUUGAAAAAAAAACCCUGUCUUUUAUUUUCGCUUCUCUUCGCUACCCCUGACCCCUCUAGAGCCUCUAGUGAUGGCUGGAGGUAUUAAACUAGUGCCUUGCUUCCUUCCUGUUGCUUCUCCAUUGGAGGUUAAAGUGAGCACAUUGGACAGAAUGUGUGGAGGAUAUAAGGUUGUUGCUGUGAAGUUUAGCGGAUGAGGCCUGCAGUGUAUAUGUGCGCGCAUGUUUAGGCCGGCUUGUGAUGAUUCCUCCUGAGUGUAUUUUCUGCAAAAUUGGGAAAUUUGGAGUGAAUUGCUCUGCUGCCGUUUGAACGAAGGUUGAGAUUGACGUCCAAAGACGGAGAAAGGCAACCGUUUGUUAUCAGUGUUGUUUCUAUUGCUGUAUAUUAUUAUUUUUUUCUUCAGUUUUAAGGAGGGAGUUUAUUGAAGAUUGUAUUCGAAGCUUGGACCACUCUGUACUUUGACCCGAGUGCAGCAUACUUGCGGGGAGAGCAUGCCGUGGUACAGUGACAUAAUGUUCUUUUUAAUGUGAGAUCAGCUGAUAUUAAAGACUCGUUUUAGCUUUCUGUCAGGAUUUGAAACUCUGAGAUCAUCAGAGCUAACCAGAAAUGUGAUAUAGGCCAUGAUGUCGCACUCUACUGUCAGAUAAAUUUGGGUUUGCUGAAAUAUUGUGAGAAGCGCAGGCUAAUGGCCCUGUUUAGGUAUGUCUGAAAUCUGUUUAUACUUGGCGUUAAAAUGUAUCUGGAGGGAUCAGAUCUCGUGUGGAUGUGGCACUAAAUAUAAAAAGGACCACCAAGGCACAUUGUGAUAGGCUGAGGUAGUCUGCAGUGCAUCAGGCCACUUCUUUUGAAGUGUAAACAUUGUUGUGCCCUGAUGCAUCCCCCUCAAGGACUUCAGAGGAAAGCAUGUCACCAGUGCAAGAUGUACAGUAUAGGUCCUUUUUCCUCUUGUUCUGCCUCCUUUGCAAGUCACAAAUGAAUUAUCUGUGUUUGUUUGCUAGACUUUAACUAUCUAGCAAAAGUCACAUAUACAGGAAGUAUCCAAGCAGUCAGCUGGACACUUUCAGACACGGUAAACAACAGCUGUAAUCUUGUGAUCCAAUGCAUUAGUCAAACUGAGUCUAAAAAAGGUUAGGUUGCUGCUUAUUUAGACAUACCGAACAUGUGAAAAUGCAACUUAAAAAAAAAUGUAGGCAAAUUGAGGUUGGUGCAUAUAGAUACACUGUGACAUCAUCUUUUUCUGAUACAUUUUAAACUAGUUGGAAGUAACUAGCUGGAAGAAUGAAAGGAAUAAAGAAAAACGAGGCAGUACUUUGUCAGGACCCAUAAAAAAUUCUGCAGUGGUGUACCACCAUCCCUGCAGCGGUCUUAUAACCCACGAUGCCAUUUUUUAUGAGGAAAAAUAUUAACGAGGCUGCACACUUGUCAGCUGUCUUUACAGAAAUUGAAAAACAAACAAAUAAAAAUCAGCUUUAACGAGUUUUUGAGUGAAGGUAUGACAGAGAUGAUGGCAGUCAUGGUGAUUGAUGGAUUUAAGGGAGUACGUGCAAAGCCUCUGGCACCCUCUACUGUUUUUUGUUUUUUUUGUUUUUUACCUGUAACACAAAUGAAACAUUUGGUACAAACUUCAAAGCUUUGCAUCUUUCCAUUGCUUUUUGCCAGAUUGUGUAUAAGUUACUUUGUAAAGUUUGUGCAAAAGAGCAUAGAUCUUUUUUAGUUAUAUUCCUCGAGAAAAAUAAUGCAACAUUUUUUACUACUAGGCAAGUUUGGUUGAAGCUGUGAAUAGUCAUUGAGCCACUUUGCUUCUGAGUUCUCAAUAUAAGCAUUCUGUCAGACCUUUAAUGAUGCCACAAACUCAGUGCCAUUUAAUUUUUUAUUUUUUUGUCAGUGGAGGAAAAAAGUGGCAUAGUUACCUGCUUUAAUUCACUGGAGCUGUUUAAUUUGCCAGGUAUCAUCCUGGAUCUGCACUUUGCAGCUGCAGAUUUGAGGUUUGGUCAUAUUUUACUGUCUCUCUGUUACGCAAUGAUUACAAUAAAAGGAAUACCUGCUGCGCUGCAAUGCCCCUGCAUGCAGUAUUAAAACUGUCACUUUAAUAAUAUCAAUAUCAAACUGAGAUUACAGUAGGUUUUGACGGCUAUGCCCCUGCUGGAAGUGGGUGCAGUUAUUGUGAAGUUUUGGAGUUGUCGUGGAGGAAUUGUACUGUGAAAGGCUCGAAAGUUUUCCAGCACAGGCACUCUUAUUGUGAAGUUUCCUCGAGUUAAAAUGGAAAAGUAGGAUUGUGUGUUUCAGGAGAGGUGUGCACGGUGUAGCAAUAGUUUGAACUCGCUUGCAUUAGAAUCAGUUUCCUGUUGAUGUGUUUUCCAGUUUUCGCCUCUUCAGGGCUCGCUUACCCUUUAUGCUUUUCACUGUAGAAGUGCCCACAUGUAAAAAACAAACAAAAGAGAGAGAAAAACAACAACAAAAGAGAUUCUGCCUUUCAGCGCGCACACACACAAAGCCACUGUCACAGAUACAUGCAACUCCUCGCUGUUUUAUGUAGCUUGCUCCUGUGAAAUGAUGGCUUGAAAACAGCAACAGCUUCUGUGAGCGUUGCUGAAAAUAUGUCGAUUUUGUUUCUCGUCUCUCUCCACUCUCACAUUUUGUUUUUUUGAAUUCUCACUUGUUUUAUGUGCCGUUUUACUGUCUCUACCAGCUCCUAAUUUAAUUCAUUGCUUUCCUUUUUCUGUAUCGUGGUUGACGUUGUUCAAACGUGGUCGGAUUUUAAAUAAACAAAUAUGGAAGAAUGAAAGAGAAUAACAAAAAAAAAUAAAUACAUGUAAGGAGUCAUCGACAGCCUUUAAUGGUAUGUUUUGCACUAAGUAUAGAGUGUUCAAGCUUCUUAUUAAAAACAAAACUUUGCGCUUUGCGCUACAAUACAAUAAAUUUGUUACUUUAUUUGUAAAAACUUAAUAAAUAAAAGUUGUUUAAAUGAA